GCUUGUCUUGCUUUUUCAGUUUUGCACGUCUUGUGCUUUUGAAGCUCGUCAAUGUGAAUUUCUUCAAAAACAAAUUUUAAUUUUGUGCUCCGGUGCGGAUAGAGAGUUCCAUCAUGAGCGCAUUAAUUAAGGUCGCUGUAUCAAAGAGCCCGGCAUCAUUGGCUACAUACCUGUACAGAAACCUGCAUCUUUCUGUUGGAGGAGCCCGACCUGCGAAAGAUGCCUCAACAAACAGCAACACAACAAAAGCAUACACAGUUAUAGACCACAAGCAUGACGCAUUGGUUAUUGGAGCAGGUGGUGCCGGACUCCGAGCUGCAUUUGGAUUGGUACAAGAGGGAUUCAAGACUGCUGUAGUCACUAAGCUGUUCCCAACGAGAUCCCACACGGUGGCAGCCCAAGGUGGCAUCAAUGCUGCUCUAGGCAACAUGGAAGAAGACAAUUGGUUAUGGCACAUGUACGACACUGUGAAGGGAUCUGACUGGCUCGGAGAUCAGGACGCAAUUCACUACAUGACUCGGGAAGCGCCGCACGCGGUGAUCGAGCUGGACAACUACGGCAUGCCGUUCUCCCGCACUCCCGAGGGCAGGAUCUACCAGCGCGCCUUCGGAGGACAGUCCCUCAAGUUUGGGAAGGGCGGACAGGCGCAUAGGUGCUGCGCUGUGGCGGACAGAACGGGCCACUCCCUGCUGCACACGCUGUACGGCCAGUCACUGCGCUACGACUGCGAGUACUUCAUCGAGUACUUCGCCAUGGACCUGCUGAUGGAGGACGGCGUCUGCAAGGGCUGCAUCGCGCUCAACCUUGAGGACGGAACUCUGCACAGGUUCCAGGCCAAGAACACGAUCCUGGCGACGGGCGGCACGGGCCGCUCGUACUUCAGCUGCACGUCCGCGCACACGUGCACCGGCGACGGCACCGCCAUGGCUACUCGAGCUGGGCUACAGAACGAGGAUAUGGAGUUCGUCCAGUUCCAUCCCACUGGUAUCUACGGCGCCGGCUGCCUGAUAACGGAGGGUUGCCGCGGAGAAGGUGGAUUCCUGGUGAAUGCCAAGGGUGAGCGGUUCAUGGAGCGGUACGCGCCCGUCGCGAAGGACCUCGCCAGUCGGGACGUCGUCUCUAGAGCCAUGACCGUCGAGAUCAUGGAAGGCCGAGGCUGUGGUCCGGAGAAAGACCACGUGCACCUCCAACUCCACCACCUGCCCCCGGACCAGCUGAAGCAGCGGCUGCCCGGCAUCUCCGAGACGGCCAUGAUCUUCGCCGGUGUUGACGUCACCAAGGAGCCCAUACCUGUGUUGCCGACCGUACAUUACAACAUGGGAGGCACGCCUACUAAUUACAGAGGAGAGGUGCUGACGCACCGCGACGGCUGCGACCGCGUGGUGGCGGGGCUGUUCGCGGCGGGCGAGGCGUCGUGCGCGUCCGUGCACGGCGCCAACCGGCUGGGCGCCAACUCCCUGCUCGACCUGGUCGUGUUCGGCCGCGCCUGCGCGCUCACCAUCGCUGACAUCGCCAAACCGGGCGAUGCGCAGGCGCCACUCAAAGAUUCGACCGGAGAGAACAGCAUCGCGAAUCUGGAUCGCGUGCGAUACGCGAACGGCAGUAUCCCCACGGCGGACCUGCGCCUGCGCAUGCAGAAGUGUAUGCAGAAGAAUGCUGCCGUCUUCAGGCAGCAGAGCACCCUGGAAGAAGGUCAAAAGCAAAUCCACGAGAUCUACAAUCAGAUCGGCGACGUGAAGGUGUCGGACCGGUCGCUGAUCUGGAACAGCGACCUGGUGGAGACGCUGGAGCUGCAGAACCUGCUGCUCAACGCCGUGCAGAUCGUGGAGGGCGCGCUGGCGCGGCAGGAGUCGCGCGGCGCGCACGCGCGCGAGGACUACAAGACCAGGCGCGACGAGUUCGACUACUCCAAGCCGCUGGAGGGACAGUCGAAACUGCCGUUCGAGAAGCACUGGCGGAAGCACACGCUGGCGCAGACGGACGUGCAGAGCGGACAGACCACGCUGACGUACCGCCCCGUCAUCGACCAGACCCUCGACACGCAGGAGUGCGAGACUGUGCCGCCCGUCAUCAGGACCUACUGAGGUAUAAUUUUAAGACGAUGCUGACCGAGACGAUCAGUAUUCAGCACCACUCGAUCACUCGGAUGUUCAUUUAAAUCGCGAUUAUUUAUAUCAUAUUAUUUAUUAUAGUGAAAUGCCUGUCGAAGCGCCACAAGUAUGAAAAACCUCCGCUAACAUAACCUCGAAAGUACAAAAGGUAGUGCCACGUACUACUCCACCAUUUGUACUUUUAUUCUACGAAAAGAAAUAGCUUUUAUUGCUGUCAUAUUUUUCUGUGAAUAUCAGCAUUUAUUACGAAUUAAACGCGCUUUAGAUGCAACUCGUACUUAACGAUUCUGCAAGAAUGUUUUUCGUAUUUCGAAAACGUAUUUGUAACACUAGUGUAAAAUGUAGUUGGAAACUUUUAUAUGAAUCGAAAUUGUGUAAAUAUCGGUAUCAUAAUCAUAAUUUUUUGAUGUAUCUGAUUUUAUGUUUCUGUCCUCAUGUUAGAGUUAUGAUAUUGCAACCUUCUGAUUUUAAGACUAGGAGAGCAAAUGUCAGAUCUCCCCACCAAAACUAAUCUCAACAUAAACUUUUAAAUUAUUUUAAUUCAACAACGAAUGAGAUGUUGCUGAUAAAAGACUGCAAACUUAAUCAUGCAUGAAAAUAUUGCUAAUGGUUUUAACAUGACGUAAUAUACCUACCUCAUCUCCUUGUUCUAAUCACAUAACAAUAAACUAAAAUGUAAAUCAAAAUUUUAUCCCAUUUGUGUGAAUUCUACUCCGAUUUCCGCAGUAUUAUACGAAUUUUGUUUUAAAAAACUUGAUUAUGGUACAACUUAGUAGAAGUUAAGGAUACAGAUUUGGUAUAAGCAGAAUAAGUAUAUGUGAAUAUAAUGAAAUUAUGUUA